GACCACACAGCACGCACACUCUCUCCCUCUCUUAAAGCAAAAGGUCACUCUUCACCCUCCACACUCUCUCACAUCCAUAAAUUUGUUGUCUACCGAACAAGAAAAAAAGUAAUUCUGUUAAGAAUUUAUGCUUUUCUUUUAUAAUGAAUCGGCUCUCUUCGAGAUCUCACUUUCGCCAUUAAUAAAAUUAAAUAUAAUAUAUAGCUCACUCUUCUCUCUCUAGGCGCUGCUUCCUUUUCAGUUCUGGUAACAGGUCUGCUUGAACGUUGUGAAUGUAAAAUUUGAAUGCCCAAGGCUCAGUAAAACUUGGUUAUCACAAAUUUGAAAUAAACUGGUAACAUGGACGGAGUAAUAGAUAUCAGUGUGCCACUUGACCACAUUGAGUUCUACAUCUUUCCCGGCCAGAAUAGGUACGAGGCAUGUGUAUGCUAUGACAACAAGAUAGAAAAAGUAUCAUCUGGACUUCUGGAGCAUCUGUUACAGCAUUCAGCUGAAGUGAAAAAUUUGCAGUCGAGAGGAUCCACUGCCAAUUUUAAACUUCAACCGCCUGAAAAUAUUUCUGAUGCCAAAUGGUUUACAAAAUCAACAUUGUUAAGAUUUCUGCAUAUCAUUGGUUUAUCAAACAUACUCAAUAUUACCAAUACUGUGAAGAAUGAAAUUUCUCAGCUGGAAGAAGUUCGCAAAUUUCAGCUUUCUUUAUAUGAAAAGGGUACUCCAGAACUGCAAAAGAAUGGUGAAUCAGACAACAGCUACUCUACUGGCACGGCAUCCACCCCAAAAAUUGAAGGCAAUGCUGAGCCAUCAGAUGCUUCCAAGGAUGAAUUGCUGCAAGCAAUGGAAUUGAGAAUAGCUGCAUUGAGAGGAGAACUGGCUGCUGCUUUCGACCAAGCUGCUGGUUUUAGAUAUUCUGUUGAGGAGAUCACUGAUAUAGAGAAGUUUUCUAAUCAUUUUGGAUCAGUAGACUUGAGGGAUUCCUUGCACAAGUAUGUUGAACUGAGACAAGGAAACCGGGCAGUUGAUACCUAUUCUGAUAAACAGAACAAUGGGAAUGAUGAAGUCAAUGGAAAAGAAGGGAAAAAUCAUAUCAAAUCAUCGUUUUCAGAUACACCAGUGAAGUAUGGUGUUUCUCCUGCAAAAGUUGCACUGAUUGAGAGGAAAAGUUCAACAGAAAGUGAGGAUUCUUCUUUCUCUAGUGAGGAAGACCAACCAUUUGUGGAAAGAAGUCGGACUCUUAUAAGAUCUGCUUCACCUAGGAGGGCAGCAUCUCCAAUGCGGAGGGUCCAAAUCGGACGAUCUGGAUCCCGGAGGUCUACUGCAUUAACUAUUAAGUCUCUGAAUUAUUUUCCAGCUAGAGAAAGGUCAGUUUUGCCUAAAGAUCCAGAUGCAGAUAAUAGUGAUGAAGAAGCAAAUGAGGAAGCUCCUAAAAAAUCUGAGACUAAUGUACGGAGAAUGAGUGUGCAAGAUGCAAUCAAUCUUUUUGAAAGCAAACAGAUAGAUCAAACAACGGAUAUUCAGAAGGCAAGGGCUUUAUUAAGUGCUUCUGUUUGUGCAAAUAAAUCUGUACUGAGAAGAUGGAGUAGUGCAGUGGGUGAAAGUUCUAGGUGUUCCCCAGAUAUGGAUUCUGAAGAUGCAGUUCACAGUAAUUUGGAAAACGGGGAAAUAAGUCAUAGUUCACCAAAAGCCAAAACCAUGCCUGGUGAGCCUCGUGGGGUAGAUUUCGCAAUGAAGUCACCUGAAAAAGGGGCAUGUACUGCGCCUGAUGUGCAAGAAGAGUCUCUUCCCUCACAAUUGACACAGGUUAGUGAAAAAUUAACUGCCUCAGCUGAAUGGAGUCGUCAAAAGGAAGCAGAACUGAAUCAGUUGCUGAUGAAGAUGGUGGAAACUAAGCCUGUAAAAUAUCGGAAUGUGGCACCUGACAACAGUAUAUCUGAAAGGUUGCCCAAUAAGCAGAGAGGUGGUCAGUACAAUCAUUACAAGGAGAAGAGAGAUGAAAAACUUCGAGGAGAAACUAAUAGAAAGCGAGUUGAGAAAGAAAAACAAUUUUGUGCAAUGAAAAAUAUUCUUGAUUCAAGAAAGGCUAAAAUGACCUCUCCUGUGGUGAGUCAGGCUAUUAAACGAAAUAAUGUAAAGAAAGUCCAAGAAUCAAAAAAAAAUCUGUCUCAAUCUGCAUAUCGUAAUGCAGAAAGCACAAAUUCUAAUCUCGUGAUGAAAGCUGUCUCAAAAUCGUCAUCUUUGCCUGCCACACGUAAGUCAUGGCCAUCAGCACCUUCCCCAAGAGCUCCUGGUACAUUGCCUGCUAAAAUCCCUGCAGGAGCAACUUCCACUGCUACCACACCAACACGUAGAAGAUCACAGCCAGCAUCACCAGUUUUGCGAUCUACUCUUAAAGUGGAAGCAUCACAACCAAAAUCUAAGCCUGUAAAACCAAAUCAGAAUGACACUAAGAAGAGCGGUAGAAGUGUGCCUGAGAAGAAUCAGCAGACGUUAACAAAAAUGAGCCGAAAACCAAAAAGCAAAGUUCAGUAUGCCAUUGAAGAUCCUAUUUCCUCCGCAAAACCUAGUUCAUACAGCAAAGUAGCCAAGAAGAGCAGUGUGGAUCCACUGGAAUCAAAGCCUUUUCUUCGCAAAGGCUCUAGGACUAUAUCCAGUUCUAAUCCAGCAGGGAAGACGAAAACAUCUACUCAGUCGAAGGAAACAUCGUGGAACUCUGCAGAUCUAAUUGCAGAUGGGGAAAAGGAAGUGGGUUCUAACUCUUCUGAUGCAGUCGUUCAGCAGCAAGAGAUGGAAAGUGAACAGUUGAGAGUUCCUGCAGAUAUGGAUUCUGAAACCCCGGCAAGCCUACUUAAGUGUGAAGACACAGAGAGCUCCACUGAAGUUACACUUGCUAAUUACAAUAAUAGCUUUGACAGGAUGGUAGAGCCUGAAACAAAAGCUGAGGCUGAAGAAGAAUCAACGAUCUCCCCUACAGCUUCGGUGAAAAUGGAAGAGCUUGAUGAUAUACCCAUCACCUCUGGUGACGGUAUUUGUCAAAUUGAAUCCCCAGUCUAUUUAGAACCAAUUAGAGCAUCAAAUCCAUGUGUUCGUCAUUCUCUAUCACAAAUGCUGCUUGAGGAGAGCGGUGAACCUGAUAUCUCUGACUGGGGAAAUGCUGAAAACCCGCCAGCAAUGAUAUACCAUAAAGAUGUGCCCAAAGGAUUCAAGAGGCUCUUAAAGUUUGCUCGAAAGAGUAAAACUGAUGCAAAUUCAACUGGUUGGUCUAGUCCGUCUGUCUUUUCCGAAGGAGAGGAUGAGACAGAGUAUCCCAAAUUUGCCAGCAAGAGAAGUGCUGAAAAUCUCAUAAAGAAGGCAGCUCUUCACUCGAAGAACAAUGGGCAUCACGAAACCUAUGAGAAACAUUCAGCGGAUUAUGUACAUCUUGCUCAAUCAAAUGAAAGCAAAUACAGUGCUCCAAGCUUGACUCAACAGUUACAGGAAGGUCAUGUCUCAGCAUCUGUGACAACAACAAAAGCACAUCUAGCACUAGCCCUUGAAUACCAAAAACCACCCUCUCAUGUGGCGGAGGCACCAUCUUCAACUGGGUAUACUCUGCCUUCAGAGCCCUACACCGAUUUUGAUGCCUUUGUAGACACGUGUCUGAACAUGAUAUCGAUUGAGUGCGAAAGCGAAAUCAUCAACAGCAUCUUGAUUAAGUACAGUGUCACCGAUAAGUGCUGCCUUUGGUUGGUUGCUGCGGGGCCGCGCUGCAACGAAGCGAUCUCUGAAUUUAUUCUUGCAGCAAUACCGGAUUUAAAAGGAAGCGAUAUGACACAUUUUAUGAAUAGAAGUGUUGAAACAUGGGACCGAUGUGUUUCGAUCACAAAUAUUGAAGCCUCUUCUCCAUUGCCACCGAUUGAUUAUAACUAAUUUUUCUCUUCAUUUAUAGUGAACAAGAAUAAAAAAUACAAAGGGAUUCUAAAAUUUGAAGCACAGUUUAAAAUCGAAUGAAAACUUUUAAUCUUA